AGUAUAACCCAUAAUUUCAUUUCACAUAAUCUUGUACUUGUAUUAACACAUUUAAUUUGUUGAUUUGAUCUGAACCCUUCAUUUGUUUGUAUAGAUUGCAUGAGACAAAACCCAUGAACUAAAAUUUGAAUUUGGUGCAGAGAAAUUUGGGUUUUUUUUUACAUUGUGAAGAUUACUCUGUAUUAGCUCUAUAUUAUACACUAUUGCUUUAAGCAUUUGGGAUUUGCUGGUAUAUAUGCAGAUGGCAACUUGCGAACAUUACGAGGAGUGUUGUAAAGCGCGAGCCCUCGUUGUCCAGUUUGCAAGGGAGAUUGAUUACAAAAAUGAGAAAUUGUUUGAAAUGGAGCGCAGGAUGGACGAGAGAGAAAAGGAGUUUCAAGCAUAUAAGGAAGAAAAUGAGAGGCUGAAGGAUAAAAUGGAGUUACUGAAGAAAGAGGUUGAAAAGCUAGUAAAGGUUCUUGAGGAAACUCAAUACAAAUCUCUCCUAGAGCAAAAAAAAUUAUUGGCAAAGAAUGAAAAGUUGAAGUAUGAAUUUGAGUCUCAAAAGAAAUUGUGUGGGAGACUAGAUGCAGAUUUGAAAGAGCAAGGAUAUGACCUGAUGGUACAAAAAAGUUCGUUGAUUAACAGAGAAAAAUUGAUUUUUGAAAGGGAAUGUCAACUAAACAAGCGAAUUAAGAUGUUGCAAGAGACAGAGGACAGACAGGUGCUGAAGGACACGAGUAUAAUGAGAAAGGAACAGAAGGCCCCGAUGGUUGCUCAUUAUGUAGUGGACCAGCAGCCUUUGCAGUUGAUAAAGGUAGAAGAUCCUAGCUGUAACAGAAGUGAUGAUACAUAUGCACCUGGUAAAGAUGCAGAGGAGAAACUUAGAAAAGAACUGGAAUACUUUGAAAGCCUUAAUAAAACUUUGAUGAUCAAGGAGUCCAUGAGUAACCGUGAGCUGCAAGAUGCCCGCAAUGAAGUGAUAGAGGGUUUGGAAGGUAUGCUAAAUCCUCGUUCAGUAUUUUGUAUCAAAAGAAUGGGGGAGGUUAAUCGAAAAGUUUUCCAAGAAAUAUGCCAGCAGAGCUGCACUGCUGAAGAUUGGGAAGAGCAGUCUGCAACACUAUGUUCACUUUGGGAACGUCGUGUUCGGGAUGCACAUUGGCAUCCUUUCAAAAGAGUAACCAUUGAUGGGAAACUGCAGGAAGUAAUAAACGAAGAUGAUAAAAAACUGAAAGGCCUGAAGAACGAAUGGGGCGAGAAUGCAUACCAGGCUGUAGCUGAUGCAUUGUUAGAGCUAAAUGAGUACAACCCGAGUGGGAGGUAUCCAGUUCCUGAGCUCUGGAAUUCAAAGAGGGGGAGAAGAGCUAGUUUGAAAGAGAUCAUCGGAUACAUAAUCAAGCAGUGGAGGACUCACAAGCGCAGAAGAACAUCAGUGAGAUGAAUCCUCAGCUUGAAGUAGUUUGAAGGUGGCUCUAAAUUGCUAUAUAAUGCUUCUGACAAAUAGAAACCUAAAUACAUAGCUCAUAAAUUUAAACAAUCCAUAUAAUUUGUAUGCUAAUUGUAUCAGACUUGACCAGCAGAUGUUAAUUAGCUAUGUUAUCAAAAAGAUUUCAGCUAUUUCUUCAAAUCUUGUGUCAUCUUAUGAUUGUGCUAAUUGACUAUA